UGGCGUUCGUUCGCAUGGAAACAGAAAUAGAGCGUUAUAGCUGUCACUGGCUGCCACUCGCGGCUGUCAUUAGAAUUAGAAUUAGAGACUGGCGGGAUUUUCUCACAUUUUGAUAGAGAAAUAUAUGCGGGUUGUAAAACUGAAAUCAAAAUGAUGAACAAUCACACAUAUGCAGUUCUGAGUCUACAAACAGACUCAGACAUCGAUACCAGCAGGCAAAGUGGUCGUCCGAUCUGCUCUGGACCGGAGUCUACCAAUCUAGACGACUAUCCACAAUUGAAGAUUGAGGAGAAGAAAUUUACAGUGAAAGGGUCCACCGAGACAUAUGUGGUGGACAUGGAGUUGGAGCUCUGCUCAUGCCUUAUAGGGCAGACAGGUGCACCCUUCAAACACCAGGCUGCAGUGGCCAAGACCUACAACUGUCUGUCCAACUCCUUUCUCCCUUCAACAGCCGAGUCAAGGGCAGAGCUGCUGAAAUUAACAUCAGGAGAAGCAGUGUCUUUGGAGUUUCUGCAACCCUUGAAAAUACCAUCACAGUCACACAAGGCCACUCCAGAACCAAGCAAUGGUCCUAUGCAACAACUGUCAGAGUCUGGACUGACAUUACUGCAGCCCCAGACCUCUAGUGCUGAUGCUGAUUGGCUACAAGAGGACAUCACACAGUCACCAGACAUGUCUCUUGUGGAGGACAUGUUCAAUGACCUCAAGAGCCAGAGCCAGGACCCCAUAUUUGCUGCAGGGUUGAGGGCAAUGGCCAAGCAAUAUCUGCAACUGAAGGCCAAUCCCUCCAAACUGCUCUCAGCCCUGCACAGUUUUGGGAAGUCAGGCAGUCUGGCAAGCAGGAGAGCUGCCACAUUGAGACGGGCUGCCAGGCGUCAAAGCCCCAUGAUUGGUUGCCAACCCACUGCUGUCGCAAGGAGAAAGGGGGGUACAGGCUCAAGGAGGCGCCAAUCAGCUGGGCGUCCUAAGAGCCACAAUUUAAGCAUUUCUGUGGCUUCCAAUGUUUCUCAUGCAAAAAAGCACUACUGACUGCCCCCGCCGGCUUCAAGUUGUGUGCCUUGUCUUGCAUUGUUAUCUGUCAAUACCACCUGCAGACGCUAGAUGUCUGCUAUUGAAUAUGUGAAUUUUUAUUUUUAAUUAAUAAGCUUAUUAAUUUGGAACAUUUCAUUAUGAUGCUGCUGUGUUUGUACUUGUGCAAUGUCUAAUCUCAACAGCUCCUCUCAAUUCCCCAGUUAUUUAUUUUAUUUUACUGCUAUGUGUUUUUUAACCCUUAGCCUAACUAGGUCUAUGUAUUAAAUAAUAUUUUAUUGUUUUGUUAGUUAGUCCCUUUCUUUUAUUUAUUGACUUAUUUUACUGCCAUGCACUGUCUUUGCAUAUUUGUAGCCUACAUAAUCUUCAACUACUCUAUACUCGCUGCUGAUGUUUGUUAAAUAUGCUAUAGAAAAAAAUAAAUGACUUGAGUAAUAUUUUAACAUCAGCCAUUAUGUGAUGGAUGUUAAAUAAAGUGCAUAUAUCUUUAAGAAAGUCGACACG